AAAAAAACAAACAGUUUAACUAAACAAUCAAUGCUAUUAUCAGUAACCCAUCCAAUCAAAAUUACUGGCGUAAACUCACCGGCGCCGCCGCUUAAAGCUUUCUCAGUGGCGCCGGAGAAUCCACUGCUGUUCCUAGGUCGUCGGAGAAAUGAUGAUUCUAUGGGAUUUUGAUCGGACGAUCAUGGACGACGAUAGCGAUCGUUGGGUGGUGGUAGAAAUGGGUUUGACCCAAAUAUUUAACCAGCUUCGCGAAACCUUGCCAUGGAAUUCUCUCAUGGAUAGGAUGAUGGCGGAGCUACAUCCUCAGGGGAAAACGAUCGAAGAUAUCGCAAACUGUUUGAAUCGUGUUCGAUUGCAUCCACAGAUUGUUUCCGCCAUUAGAUCAGCUCAUGUUCUUGGAUGUGACUUGAAGGUACUUAGUGAUGCUAAUCAGUUCUUCAUCGAAACAAUCUUGAAAAACCAUGGAGUUUAUGGUUGCUUUUCGGAGAUCAUCACGAACCCGACUGUUGUUGAUGAAGAAGGCAGGCUUAGAAUCUUUCCUUAUCAUGGUUCAGCCAUGGCACCUCAUGGCUGCAAUCUUUGCCCUCCCAAUUUGUGCAAGGGAUCUGUAUUGAAUCAACUGCAAGAUUCGAGGUCCGAAAAUGGCAAGAAACACGUAAUAAUCUACAUCGGAGACGGGGGAGGCGAUUUUUGCCCAACCUUGAAGCUUGGAGAAGAAGAUCAUGUGAUGCCAAGAAAAAACUUCCCUUUACAUCAUUUGAUUUCAAAAUCGUCUGUGCCCAUCAAGCCACAAGUUCAUGAAUGGAUGGAUGGAGAAGAACUCAACAAGAUUUUGCUUCGGCUUACUGAUUCCGAUUCAGCUGAAAAACAAACAGUCUUAUAACUCUAAUCUCUUAUUCAUUAAGACAUAAAUUAUGAAUUUGAGGUGUUUACUGAAAAACAAACAACACGUGAAUGAUGCGUGAUAAUUGAAGUCUUGUAGUUUUUAAUCUUCAUCGAGAGAUUAAGUUGGUGUUGGUUU